ACAUAACCAAUGGGUGAAUUAUAUUAAUAAGCAGAGAAUGCAGUCGCUCCGCAACUGGAAUUGAUAGCAAAUAGAAAGCAGCAACAAAGCGCUCUCUCUCGCCCACUUGCAAGCUAUAUAUAUAUCUAUAUAUUCAUCUAACGGUACUCCCGCUAGAGAGAGAGAGAGAUAGAGAUAAACUUAGUGAGAGAUCAAACAUCAAUAUCAACAAGAUGCAGGUACCCGAGCAUAUUGUCUCUCUCUAUAUAGCCACCUGUGGCCAGAAUGGGCCCGGCCUUGGCUCCGAUGAGAAGGAAAUCAUUCUGCUGGUCUACGUUCUGCUCGAAGUUGCAACGGGACAGAUCAUUGGCACCAAACAAAUACUCGUACGCCCCGAUGGCUAUUUUAUUAAGGAUCGCACCAUAUCCAGCUCAUCGGACAACUCGAAUGCUACAAAUAACACAGCCUGCUCGCCACCAUUGGCCAUUGGUUAUAUUGGUGAUAAUAGCUCAAAUCAAAACAAUAACAACAACAGCUUGGAGAACAGCAGCGAACUCAUUCUGCCGAUUGCUGAGGCUCAAGCUGCUGGCAAACCCCUAACUGAGGCUAUCGAGGAGUUCGAAGCCUAUUUACGCUCUCUAUCGCUCAAUGAUACGGAGAUCAAAUUGAUCACCGAUGGGCAGCUGCCGCUGCGUCAAUGCCUGCAUCGGGAGGCCUGCGCCAAGGACGUUGAGCUGCCCGCCUAUUACAAUAGAUUCAGUGAUCUGCGUAAGGAGUUUCAGCGUUACAAAUCGGGUGAUUUAUCCCGUGCCCUCGUUCCGGUCAAGGACAUCAAGAAGAUGCUGCAGUCCCCCGUGCUGCCCAUGCCACAGUCCAUUGCUGAAAUGCUUAAAGAGCUCAAUGCAACGUCUGUGGAAGAUAAUGACUUCUAUAUACGCGAAUCUCGCGAUAUGGUCACUGUGAUUCAAACAUUGCUUCAAGCGGGACAUAAAUUUGAAACAAAUGAACUCGUUAACCUAGUACUGGAACCUGGUAUUUGUUCAAUUGACGACGAGGUGGACGGCAAUUGCAUUGUUCGUGCCCGUGGUUUGCCCUGGCAGAGCAGCGAUCAGGAUAUUGCCAAAUUCUUUCGCGGACUCAACGUAGCCAAAGGCGGCGUUGCUCUGUGUUUAUCGCCGCUGGGCCGGCGCAACGGUGAGGCAUUGAUACGCUUUGUUUCCCAGGAGCAUCGCGACAUGGCCCUUAAACGCCACAAACAUCACAUUGGCUCACGGUACAUUGAAGUGUAUCGCGCCUCUGGCGAGGAUUUCCUGGCCAUUGCCGGCGGCGCUUCGAAUGAGGCGCAGGCCUUCCUCUCCAAGGGAGCCCAGGUGAUAAUACGCAUGCGUGGACUGCCCUAUGAUUGCACACCAAAGCAAGUGCUGGAAUUCUUUACCACCGGCGAGUCACCCUGUCAUGUGCUCGAUGGCAAUGAGGGUGUUCUGUUUGUGAAGAAACCGGAUGGUCGAGCCACCGGCGAUGCCUUCGUACUGUUUGCCAAUGAAUGCGAUUCAUCCAAGGCGCUGGGUCGCCAUCGUGAAUCGAUUGGACAGCGAUACAUUGAGCUCUUUAGAUCGACGACGGCGGAGGUACAGCAGGUGCUGAAUCGUUCGAUGGAUCCGAAGACGUACGAAUCGAAUAAUCACAGCCAGCCGCCGUUGAUAGCACAGUUGCCCACCAUGCAGUUGCCGUUGCUGCCGCAGCACCUCAUCACCUCGGGCACCACCAAGAACUGCAUACGAUUGCGCGGCCUUCCCUACGAGGCCAUGGUGGAGCACAUCCUUCAUUUUCUGGACGACUUUGCCAAGCACAUCAUCUACCAGGGCGUCCAUAUGGUCAUCAAUGCGCAGGGCCAGCCCAGCGGGGAGGCCUUCAUCCAAAUGGACUUGGAGGAGUCGGCUCGACUGUGUGCGCAACGCAAGCACAAUCAGUUUAUGGUCUUUGGCAAGAAGUUCCGUUACAUCGAGGUGUUCCAGUGCUCCGGCGACGAUAUGAAUCAUGUGUUGAACGGCGGCCUUGCCUCACCCGUUGCCACCGCUGCCCCACAUCCGGGCCAUGCGCAUUUGGCUGCUGCUGCUGCCGCUGCUGUUGCUGCCGCCGCUGCUGCUGCUGCGGCUGGCAAACAGCCAUCGCUGCUGUCACCGGGUGCCACUGUGCUUGGCGCCCAUUUUGGUGCCCAUUUUCCGGCUUAUGGUGGACCGCCGCCGCCGCCACCACCUCACACACCGUUGUUGGCGACGCCGCGUGCCCAUCAUGGCCACGCCCAUCACGCCCAUCAUCAUCAUCACCAUCAUCAUGCGUCCGCCUUCUAUCCGCCGCCGCUCGUCUACUGGCCUUAUCCCAGUCCGCCCGUCUCGCCAACCACCUACUUCAGCCAGCCGGGCGCCCAUUCUCCAUCACAGCAUCAGGCAAUGUAUCCGAUGGACUUUUUUCCACCUUCACCGUUGUCGCCGCCCAAUGCCGGCUUGAUACUCACGCCCAACAAGAACGCCGUGCCCUUUGUGCCCAGUAAACAGCAAACAGUCAGCAGCAGCAGCAACAACAACAACAACACCAAUGUCAACAACAAGCAUAUAGGCACGCCUACUGUACAGGCCACCACUGUAGCGCCGUCAGCAGCAACGUCGGCAGCAGCAACAACAGCAGCAGUGGUUAUUGUUAACGGCAAUUUGGGCGCUGCGCCUGCUCAGUCUGUGACGCCGACGCAGCCAUCGCAAACCCUGCUCAGCCUGGACACAAACCACGCGACGCCCGCCUUGAAAACUGGCAGCCAGAGUGUUACGGAAAAUGCCACGCCCAUUGUGAGCAACUCGUGCGUGGAGCUUUAUAUAUCCUAGAUACUCCUUUCCUUUCUCACUCUAUCUACCCCCUCUCUCACACGCUCGCUAUUUAUUGCUUGCACUCAAAAAGUAAUUUUAACGAAAA